AUGCAUUUUUACUAUUGCUUUUUCGCAUUAAUUUUUACUGUUUUAAAAAACUCAGCCACUGAUAGGAAUACAGAAUUGGUUUACCCAGAAUGUGGGCUCAUAAGGCCGUCUCCAUCAUCAAUUGGAUUAGUAUUCUUCGUGAUAAUUAACAACACUUCAAACAAAACCAAUUACGAUAUCGAAGUAACACCGGAUGAAUGCUGCCUUGAAAUAGGAGAUAAGGUUGAUUGUGACUCCUUGCAAAUUAUUGGAGGAUGUAAAGAUCAUGUAUCUAGAGGUAAAACAAAGUUAAUAAAAGUUGUCGCGCCCACUUUAAGCCAAUAUAAUAGAAAAGGGAACUGUGCUGUAUAUGUUGAUUCUAAAUCAGGUAUUGGAAAAAAUAAAAGAGAUGCAAUAAACAUCAACUUUGAUACUAGAUCUUAUAAUAAUAAAUUCUAUAACUAUAAGGAUUGUAAACACGAAGAUGACGAUCCAUUUAAUGAUUGUAAGCCAGUUAAUUGUGACACAAGAUAUAAUGGUGUUAAACCACAUUUUAGCAGGAAAGCAAAGAGAUGUGUUGCUGUACCACCGUGCGUGAAGGAAUAUGACUACGAGUAUGAUUAUCCCAGUGUUAUUUACAAUCCGCAAACAAAUCAGUGCAUUGAAGAAUCAAUAGUAGAUGGUGAUUUAGAACAUGUCAAAACAUUCAAUAAAGACUGUGGUAACAAAAGAAAACAUAAAGACGUAUUAAUAAUAAACAAAUUCAAUCCAAAUAAAACAUCGUUUUUGCCCAAUGACAUAUUGAUAGAUGAUAUAGAAACAACUACAAUCAAGAAACUAAAAAAAACGACUAUUAACAAACUACAAGCCUUAAAUCUGAAGGCUCAACAUAAAUCAAUAAUAAAUUCUUAUAAAGAUACUGAUAGAAUAAAAUCGUUCCUAAAUAAAUAUUUUGUCGAUAGUUAUUGGACUUCAAUAACUCUUGUUCUAGUCAUUGUAGCACAAUGUUUAUUGAUUUGCACAAUGAUUUAUUAUUUGCAACAAACUUGCAACUGUUGUAAACAAAAGAAAAAUGUUCGAAAGUUUUUCAACUAUCGGCAAGAUGCAUCUGUUACGACACCAUUGAUUCAUACUAGCAAUAUAGAUACUGAAACGACAGAAUUUCAACAUUUGUCCGAGUCUUCUAAUAACGCUGACCAGAAAGUCAAAUGUUACAAAGCGUGUCAGUUAGAAAAAACUAACGCAAAGAAAAGUAUGUCUGAUGAUAUACUAUCUAAACUUUUGAAUGGACGAGACUGGAAAAAGAAUAAAUCACAGGCUAAAACUGAACUUGAUAAUGUUGAAGAGACAAUAAAACAUUUUCCUGAAAGUAACCAAGUUCAUAAUGUACCCAAACAUGUCGGUAAAAUAAUUAAUGAGACCAAAGUAAUUUUAGAAAAUGAAAAAGAUAACAAUGUUAUGUUUAAAAAACAAACUACGUAUGUAAAAGAAGAUAAUCACACAGAUAACGAUAGAAACGAUCAAGGGAGUGAAGAAAAUAUAUCAUCGGAAAAAGAAAUACAAUGUCACAGUUACAAUCGUUUCCAUACAGAUAUUGCUGAGUACAGGGCUGGCUUAGCCACGAACACAGGUAUUUUGAAAGACGAUAAAUCUAGAAAAGGUACUUCCAAUUCAUCUGAAAAGGGUGCGCAAGCGUACUUUUCAAACGAUUCUAUAGAUGAUUUUCUAUCAGAAAGAGGCGUAAUUUAUUUGGCGGGUGAAAAUAUGACGAAAUAUACAUUUUCCAGCGGUUCUAAUGAAUUAAGACCGUCGUUAACGUCUUCGGCAACAAGCAAGACUUCCAAAAAUUUCGUCAAAAAUGUCCUAUCAUUGUUGAACAAACGAUCCAAGCAAGGGCCUUCGUCAGACCCAGGUCAGAAGAAAGAUAUUGAUCUCGAGCUGCUUCACAUGUCCAGAGCAUCUGUUUAUUCUUCCACCAAUGGUUCGGACUGUGUGAAAAAUUUUAAACGAAAAGAUUCGAGAACUUCUUACUAAUUUUUAAGGUUUUGUAGAUUG